GAUAGCUUUUGUGAGUAUUCCUUUGGAAACAGCUGAGAUCAAUUAGUCGAAGUGUAUCCGCCUCUGGUUCUCAAUCGCCUUAACUUCCCGCCGUGGAAGUGCAGUCGACUUUCCCCGCUAUUCCCCGCUAUCGUUGCAUUUCCCCCGGAUCGAGGUGGCGUCGUAUUCCUCUCUGUACAGAGUACUCUGGACAUGCACCUGGGUACAGAGCACCUGACUCUUGUCUGACUCUUGAUAUGCUUGUACGGAGUUUUAUGGACAGAAUGCCGAAUCAUUGGCUCGGCUAUGCCGACUGUCGAGCGGGGUUUGUGACAUGCGAGUUGAUAUAAAGCCUGCUGCGCUAUGGAUGCAUUUCCCCUCAGUCAACCUCCGAGACAUCAUACCGCAUCAUGGCCCAAAUGCCUUUCCAGCUCGAUGAUCCUUCGCUAUUGCACUUUGACUCGUUUGUCGGGAACGAGUGGGUGCAGGCAAAGCACGGGGAGCGCUUCGAGGUCGUGGACCCCGGUACUAAUAUCCCCUGGGCCAACUGUCCGACCAACACCUCCGACGACGUCGAUGCGGCCGUGAAAACCGCCAAUACAGCCUUCCAACAGUAUCGCACCACCACUCCCCGACAACGUGCACAAUGGCUCCUCCGCUGGGACUCCCUCAUCCGCGAAGCCAAACCCGAUAUCGCCCGCAUCCUCACUCAUGAAACCGGGAAACCGCUGGCGGAAGCUAUGGGCGAGAUCGAUUAUGCUACCAGUUUCACCUGGUGGUUUGCCGGCGAAGCGGAGCGUAUCCAUGGGACCAUCAGCGCUUCGUCGAUGCCAAAUCGUCGAGUCUUGACCGUGAAGCAGCCGAUCGGGGUUGCGGUUGCAUUGGUGCCCUGGAAUUUCCCUAUUGCCAUGAUCCUGCGUAAGGCGGGCGCCGCUCUCGCAGCGGGAUGUACGAUGAUUGUGAAGCCGAGUCCGGAGACGCCGAUCGCGACGCUGGCCGUUGCACAUCUGGCGCAGAAAGCAGGGUUUCCGCCGGGUGUGUUCAACGUGCUCACCACCGACUUGGCGAAUACACCCUCACUGAGUGAGAGUCUCUGCAAACACCCGUUAGUGAAGAAAGUCUCGUUUACGGGGUCGACUCGCGUCGGGAAACUGAUCGCUGGUCAUUGCGCCACGGGUCUGAAGAAGGUCACCCUUGAGCUGGGCGGCAACUGUCCGUUUCUGGUGUUUGACGAUGCGAACCUCGAUCUCGCACUGGACCAGCUCAUGACCCUGAAGUGGCGCCAUGCUGGUCAAGCUUGUAUCACUGCGAACCGUGUGUAUGUACAAGCAGGAAUUUACGAUGCCUUCGCGCAGCGCCUCAAGGAACGCACAAAUACCCUUGUCGUCGGCCACGGCGCCAAAGAAGGGACCACCAUGGGACCACUGACGACACCACAGGGAGUGGACAAGGCGCGGAAGCAAGUGGAAGAUGCACAGAAACACGGAGCCACUGUUCUCUGCGGUGGAACUGCACCGGAGACCAAAGAGGGAUACUUCUUCCCGCCGACAAUCCUCACCGGUAUGACGCCGGAUAUGCUUAUCUCGCAAGAGGAGAGCUUUGCGCCCAUUGCGGCGCUUUACAAAUUCAAUACGGAGGAGGAGGCGGUCCGUUGCGCCAACGAUACCAGCAUGGGUCUGGCUAGCUAUGCAUUUACUCGUGAUGUUAACCGGGUUUGGCGGUUGAUGGAGAACCUCGAAGCGGGUAUGAUCGGAUUGAAUUCUGGAAAUUCAUCCGCUGCUGAAUCGCCCUUUGGAGGAAUCAAGGAAUCUGGGUACGGAAAGGAGAGCGGAAUGGAGGUGGCUGUUAAUGAGUACCUGGUAACCAAGACGGGCACGUUGACGGUCGAGCAGUAGGGUUGGUCCACUACGGUGCCCUACCAUGGUUUGCAGAACGGAUUCCACAAAUCUAUAGCACUUUAUACACAAAUAAUACCAAGGACAAUAGCCAAGCAAGUCUGGUUGACAGCUGUAUAUCCCGUAUAUUUCGGAAAACCCGCUCCGCCCUGUUAAUCGUCGUCUGGCUCGUCUGGAUAUCCUAUUCAAUCGAAAUCCAGCCCAGUCUUUUUU